AUGCCUCAAGCAACCUCCCACCCGUCCUGGACCUCCCUAGAGGAGCACUACAAGUCCGUCGGCAAGACCUUCGUCCUGAAAGAAGCUUUCAAGUCCGACCCGGCGCGGUUCGACAAGUUCAGCAAGACCUUCCACAACUCUCCCUCCGGAACCGACAUCCUGUUCGACUUUAGCAAGAACCUGAUCACCGAGGAUACCAUUGACUUGCUGGUCAAGCUUGCCGAGGAAGCCGGCGUCGAGAAGAAGCGCGAUGCCAUGUUCGCCGGCGAGAAGAUCAACUUCACCGAGCAGCGAGCCGUCUACCACACCGCCCUACGCAAUGUUGGCGGUUGGGAGAUGAAGGUCGAGGGCCAGGACGUCAUGAAAACCAAGGGCGGCGUCAACGAUGUCCUGCAGCACAUGAAGGAGUUCUCGGAGCAGGUCAGAAGUGGCGAGUGGAAGGGCUACACCGGCAAGAAGCUGACCACCAUAAUCAACAUUGGCAUUGGUGGUUCCGACCUUGGCCCGGUCAUGGUCACCGAGGCCCUGAAGUACUACGGCGCCAAGGACAUGACCCUCCACUUUGUGUCCAACAUCGAUGGUACGCACAUGGCUGAAGCCCUCGCCAACUCGGAUCCCGAGACUACGCUCGUCCUCGUUGCUUCCAAGACCUUCACGACCGCCGAGACCUGCACCAAUGCCAACACAGCCAAGUCAUGGUUCCUCGAGAAGACCGGAGGAAAGGGCGAAAUAGCCAAGCACUUCGUUGCCCUCUCCACCAACGAGUCUGAGGUGACAAAGUUCGGUAUUGAUGCCAAGAACAUGUUCGGCUUCGAGAGCUGGGUCGGUGGCCGUUACUCGGUCUGGAGUGCGAUCGGUCUCAGUGUAGCGCUGUACGUCGGCUACGACAACUUCCACAAGUUCUUGGCCGGUGCCCACGAGAUGGACAAGCACUUCCGUGAGACCCCGCUGAAGGACAAUAUUCCCGUUCUUGGUGGUCUCCUGAGUGUAUGGUACAGCGACUUCUUCGCUGCGCAGACGCACCUGGUCGCUCCCUUUGACCAGUACCUGCACCGUUUCCCUGCCUACCUCCAGCAGCUGUCGAUGGAGUCGAACGGAAAGACCAUCACCUCGGACGGCUCUCCUGCCAAGUACACCACCGGGCCCAUCCUCUUUGGCGAGCCCUGCACCAAUGCGCAGCACUCGUUCUUCCAGCUCGUGCACCAGGGCACCAAGCUGAUCCCGACCGACUUCAUCCUCGCGGCCAAGUCGCACAACCCCAUCUCUAACAACCUACACCAGAAGAUGCUGGCAUCCAACUACUUCGCCCAGGCUGAGGCCCUCAUGAUCGGCAAGACACCCGAACAGGUUAAGAGCGAGGGAACGCCGGAUGAGCUAGUGCCACACAAGGUGUUCUUGGGCAACCGGCCUACUACCAGCAUCCUGGUGGGCGACACCAUUGGGCCUGCCGAGCUGGGUGCGCUGAUCGUCUACUACGAGCACCUAACCUUCACCGAAGGCGCCAUCUGGGACAUCAACUCGUUCGACCAGUGGGGUGUCGAGUUGGGUAAGUCAUUGGCCAAGAAGAUCCUCUCGGAGCUGGACGAGCCUGGCAACGGCAAAAACCACGACUCGAGCACCAGCAGCCUGAUCGGAGCUUUCAAGAAGUUUGCCGGUAACUGA